GAGGAUGAUGGGUCAAAUGACGUUUUAACCGCUUUUGGCGCUGCUGCACCAACCACCCAAUCCUUUUUACCACAUUUUCUUCAUCUGUCGAUCUCUUUUUUCCUUGCAUUAUAAUACAUCUCUGUCUCUCCCCCCACUGUUUCGCGCUCUCUCUCUCUCUCUCUCUCUCUCAGCCAUAAUAAAGAAAAACCUAUCUUUUGCAUUAUAACAAGUUCGGUUUCGGAAAAUUCGAUCUGAUUGGCAAUUGCACGAUUUUCCGGAAAAUGGGCGCGUUGUCUUGGCCAUCUGAAGAAGAGUUAAAUGGAAUUAGAAAGAUUGUUUCAGAAAUGGCCGGGAGAAGUGUUGAGGAAGUUCGAGUUGCGGUCUCUCCUUAUCGGAUUUGUCCAUUGGGAGCUCACAUUGAUCAUCAGGGUGGGACUGUAACAGCUAUGACAAUUGAUAAGGGAAUACUUUUGGGGUUUGUUCCUUCUGGUGACACUCGGGUUGUACUACGUUCAGGACAGUUUAAAGGAGAAGUUAGGUUCAGAGUUGAUGAAACUCAUCACCCAAGACAAAUCAUUCAGCAGAAUGGCGUGAUGCAUUCAAAUGAUUCUUCAUCAUUACAAGAAGAAUGUAGAUGGGGAAAUUAUGCUAGGGGAGCCGUAUACUCACUAAAGAGUAGAGGAAAUGAGCUUCCCCAGGGUAUCAUAGGGUACUUAUGUGGAACUGAGGGUCUUGACAGUUCAGGUGUCAGCUCUUCUGCUGCAGUUGGCAUAGCUUACCUGUUGGCGUUUGAAAGUGCAAAUAAUAUAACGGUCUCUCCAACUGAAAAUAUUGAAUACGAUCGGCUUAUCGAAAAUGAAUAUUUGGGUCUGAGAAAUGGCAUAUUGGAUCAAUCAGCCAUAUUGCUAUCGCACCAUGGUUGUCUAACAUGCAUGGACUGCAAGACCAAAGAAUAUAAGCUAGUACACCCACCGAAGCUGCAGAAAACGUACAAAUUAUUGCUGGCAUUUUCAGGCUUGAAGCAUGCUUUGACUAACAACCCUGGCUAUAAUUGCCGAGUUGCAGAGUGUCAAGAGGCCGCAAGAAUUCUUCUGCAUGCCUCUGGGAACCAGGGAUUAGAGCCACUCCUGUCAAAUGUUAAACCCGAAGCUUAUGAAGCUCACAAGUGCCAAUUAGAAUCCAAUCUAGCUAAAAGAGCAGAGCAUUAUUUCUCAGAGAAUAUGCGGGUAGCUAAAGGACUUGAAGCUUGGGCUUCGGGCAAUCUGGAAGAUUUUGGAAAGCUCAUUGCAGCAUCGGGUUUGAGUUCUAUCAAAAACUAUGAAUGUGGUUCUGAACCACUGAUUCAACUGUAUGAGAUCCUGUUGAGGGCUCCCGGCGUAUAUGGAGCACGGUUUAGUGGGGCUGGAUUUAGGGGUUGCUGUCUUGCAAUUGUAGAUGCUGAUCGUGUAGAUGAAGCUGCCUCAUUUGUCAGGGAGGAGUAUGUCAAGCUCCAACCAAAGUUGGCUUGCCAGAAAACCCACAAAGGGGUUUUGAUUUGUGAUGCAGGAGAUUGUGCACGUGUAAUCUGAUAAGCAACCACUCCUCCAUCUGUUCUUUGUUGAGUUUGCAAUGUAUUUUUACUGAUGCCGUUUUCUUUAUUGAAUCUGUUGUAUUGCAUCUCCUCUUGUUUCAUUCACUAAAGAAAAUAAACGAACAGUGUUGUUGGAAA